AUGCCGCGGGGCCGGGCCGCCUACCUGGGUCAAGGUCGCGGCGGUCCCGUCCCGUCAGCGCCGCACCUGCGGAGGGCAGAGGAGGCGUCGGGCGCGGGGUCGGGACCCCCGGGAGGGACUGGGCCCCUCGCCCUCGGCACUGCGGCCCGCCCGGACCCGUCCCCGCCGCGGCCCCUCACCCCGACAGCGCCCGGGCCGGGCCGGUCCCUCCGGCCCCGCGCGGCCAAGGGCGGGCGGCGGCCCGGGCAGCCCGGCACCGCGGCAGAAGGGCGGCUGGACCUGCCCCGAGGCGGGCCCCGCGCUCCCGACGCCAUCUUCCCGCCGCGCCCGACGCACCGCGCGCGCUGGCCACGCCCACCGCGGCCGGGCACGCCCACCGCGGCACGGGGACACGCCCACCGCGGCACGGGAAUACGCCCACACGCCUCGGCCGUGAGUGGGGCGGGGCCGGGGCGCGUGGGAACCGGGUACCGGGACAGGCGGUACCGGGACAGACGGUACCGGGUACCCUGUACGAGCACCCCCGGAGGGGGCAUCCUCAGAAACCGGGAGCCCCUCUGCGCCGGGCAGCGCCGCGCUGCCACCCCCCGGAGCUGGAGCCUGGACCCCGCCGGGGACUGGCACUACAGGUGGAUCAGCCUCAUGGUGCUGCCCAUCCUUUACAACUGGGUCGUCCUCAUCCUCAGGUGCUGCUUCCCCGAGGUGCAGGAGGCACACGCGGGGCUGUGGCAGGCCCUGGACGGGCUCAGCGACGCGCUGUACCUGCUGGACAUCGCCGUGCACCUCCACACAGGUUUCCUGGAGGACGGGAUCCUGGUGCAGGACGUCAGCCGGACGCGGCGGCGCUAUCUGGCCUCCUGGACCUUCCCCUGGGAUGUGAUGGCCGUGCUGCCCACCGAGCUGCUCUGUCUGCUCCCAGGGGUCCCGAGGGUCCCUGGGGUGCCAGCAGCACGUGCCAACCGCUGCCUGCGGGUGCCGCGGCUCUUCGAGGCCUUCGACCGGUGUGAGACGCGCACGGCCUGGCCCAACGUGUUCCGCAUGGCCAAGCUGAUGCUGUACCUGCUGCUGGGCAUCCACUGGCACGGCUGCCUCUACUUGGCGCUGUCGGCACGCCUGGGGCUGGGCGCUGACCCCUGGGUCUGCCCCAGCUUCACGCGACUGCUGCGCCGCUACCUGCACAGCUUCUACUUCUCCACGCUGGUCCUGGCCAUGGUGGGCGACACGCCGGAGCCGCAGCGCGAGGAGGAGCUCCUCUUCCUCACCGCCGGCUUCCUCCUGGCCGUGCUGGGCUUCGCCACCAUCACCGGCAGCAUCAGCACCGUCAUCGUGAACCUCAGCUCGUCCGCCACCGCCUUCUACCCCGACGCGGGGCCGGUGCGGCGGUACCUGCGGGCGCGGGGCGUGGACGGGCGGCUGGCGGGGCGCGUGGUGCGCUGGCACCAGCACCUGCGGGCGCAGCGCAAGCUGCCGGCCGAGUGGGACGCGCUGCAGCACCUGCCGCGGGGGCUGCGGGCCGAGGUGGCGGCCGGCGUGCACCUGGCGGCCCUGCGGCGCGUGGGGCUGUUCCGCGGGUGGGAGCACGGCGUGCUGCGGCAGCUGGUGCUGCGCCUGCGGCCGCAGGUCUUCGGCCCCGGCGAGUUCGUGUGCCGGCGCGGGGACGUGGGCCGCGAGAUGUACUUCAUCCGCGAGGGCCGCCUGGCCGUGGUGGCCGAGGACGGCGUCACGCAGCUGGCCGUGCUGGGCGAGGGGCUCUACUUCGGGGAGAUCAGCCUCAUCAACAUCAAGGGCAACAUGGCAGGGAACCGGCGCACGGCCAACAUCCUGAGCAUCGGCUACUCAGACCUGUUCUGCCUGGGCAAGGAGGACCUGGCGGAGGUGCUGGCCGAGUUCCCCCGUGCCCGCGCUGCCAUGGAGGCCAAGGGCCGGGAGCUGCUGCUGCGCAUGGGCCAGCUCGACACCGCAGCUGAGGCGGCGGCACUGGCGGCUGGGGCCGAGGCGGAGCGGCGGCUGCAGGGGCUGGAGGUGGCCCUGGAGGGGCUCCAGACACGGGCAGCCCGGCUGCUGGCACAGCUGGAGGCCAGUGCCCUGCGCAUGGCCCUGCGCGUCCGGCGCCUCGAGGGACGGCUGCAGCUGCGGGACAGGGCAGGGCAGGGUGCCCCCAGGGCACAGGGUCCUGCCCGCGAGCCAGGUUCUGCAGGAGGACAGGGUCCCACUGGGGUGCAGGGCCCCUCCAAGGCACAGGGUCCCCACAGAGCACAGGGUCCCAGCGACAUGCAAGGUGCUCCCAAAGCACAGGAUAGCCCCAUGGUGCAGGGGCCCCUCAGGGCACGGGGUCCUCGUGGCGUCCCCGCCGGGCCGUCCCCCAGCCGCAGGGACGCGGUGACAGACACCGCGAUGGUGGCCGUCGCCCGGUGCCUCAAGAGCGUUCCCAGCGAGCCCCCCCAAGCUGCCCGACCCGCCCGGGAUUCGGGGGGAACCGCACGCCCCGGUACUCCCCGAGCCCCGCUCCCGGUACUCUCCGUGGCCCCGCCCGGCCCCCACCGCCCCGGGCUCCCCCCGCCGCCGCCACCGCCCCCCGCCCCCGGCCCGCCCCGCGCCGGGCGCCGCCCCCGCCUAUCCACCGGCGGCUCCGAGCGGAUCGGAGCCUCGUCCCUGCCGGAGCCUCCCGGUGCCUGA